AUGGAUAUCGAAAUGAGUACAGAAAAUACCGGGGCGGGUGAAGAGGUUGAGGUUAGUGAAAACCACGAAAAAGAAGCAGGCCAAAUAAGCACAAUUGGUGAAACAGUAACUGAUGAAGGUGACCGAGUCGAAGUUGUCGAAGGAACAGAAGGUGAAGGCACGGCUGAAGUAGGUGAAGUGGUUGAAGGGGAGACAGAAGGAGAAGCCGCAAUAACAGAGGAAGUUGAUGGAGAACAUAUAGAGCCAGAAGGAGAUUUGGAGGGUGAACAAGUAGAAGGAGAGGAGGUUGAAGGUGAAACUGCGGCUACUGAAGGGGAACACGUUGAAGGUGAACAUGUUGAAGGAGAAGAAAAAGAAAAAGGUGAAGACAUAGACAAAGUGGAAGGAGAAGAGGUUGCAGGUGAAGGUUUGGAAGGUGAACAGAUGGAAGGUGAAGAAUUAGAAAAAACCGGUGAAGAAGGCCUUGUACCUGAAGAAAAAGUCGAAGAGGAAGAACAAUACGUCGAGGAACCACCUCCUGAUCCGGCUGCUCCAUAUGAUUUCAGUGACUCUAAAGAAGCCUUGAAAGCACCCUUUGAACUACGACCUGAUCAAUUAGCCGAAGUAGAACAACUAUGGGAAAUGUUUCAAAAUUACACUCCAGCAUAUGCUGAAUUGGAUGGAUUUAUUACAGAAAAAGAAUUGAUUUUCAUGUUAAAAAGUCUUCUGAUCAUGACAUAUACAACGGAGCAACUCCAAGAGCUAGUAACCUACUGUUGCAGACCACCAAAUGCAGAUGGGCAUAUAUUUUAUGAACAGUUUUUAAAAAUGGUGACAAUAAGACAAAGAGACUUUCCUAUUGAAGAAGAAAUCCGAGCUUCAUUACAAGUGUACGACCCUGAGAAGACAGGAUUACUAGAUCGAGAAUACUUGAGAGAUGUUUUGACGAAACAGGGUAGUAAAAUGUCGCCACGCAUGGUAGAUAAUCUUAUUAAAGAAGUUGACAUAAGUAAUGAUGGUACUAUAAAUUUAGAAGAUGUAGUUGCAACAAUGUGCAUUGAUUUGAAUAAAGAGGACUUGCAAAUACUUAGAGCGGCUGCAUAUCCUAAAGGGCCAGAUGAUACCGAGGAGAAAACUCAGCAGGAAACAGAGUUAACGGGCGAUGGUAAUGAAGAAAAUUAA